AGCUGAGUACUGGAGUUAUUGGAGCAGUAACAUUAUAUAAAACUAUAAAACGAUAAAACGGUAUCAAACAGAACGCUCUCAGGUUUUUCCGGUUCCAUUCACUCUCUAACAAAUAGUUGACAGCAUCGUGGAACGCGAGAAAAAUUGAUGUGAAAAUGUGUGGUCGAAUUUGUUGUUCAUUGGAUGCAGACACCUUGUGUUGCGCGUGCGGAUAUAAGGAUGCCAAUGGUAAACAACGUAAAUUGACAUGGGCUAAAACUGAAUUAAAAUAUGAUCCGUCAUACAACAUGUGCCCUCGAGACGUUCUGCCCUGCAUAACGUCUGGUUCGCAUUUCGAAGGAGAAAAGGAGGAGAGAGUUCUUUGCGCUAUGACAUGGGGCAUGAUUCCACCUUGGUAUCAGGGAGAUUACAAGAAACGUCCAAAUAAGAUAUCCACUCACAAUAGUCGUUUGGAAAGCAUACAGACUUCAACGAUAUACUCUCCGUCGCUGCAAAAGCAACAAAGAUGCAUCGUGGUCUGUGAAGGCUUCUUCGAGUGGAAGCCCGGUACAAAUAAUAAAGUUCAAAAGCAACCAUACUACAUAUAUGCGAAUCAAGACAAAGAUGUAAAAGCAGAUGAUCCUACCACAUGGGCUAAUGAAUUUUCCGAGACAGAUGGAUGGAAAGGUUUCAAAGUCUUGAAACUGGCUGGAAUAUUUGGAGUACAUAAAACUGAGGAGGGGAACGUCAUACACAGCUGCACAAUUAUUACAAGAGAGAGUAAUAAGGUAUUGUCUUGGCUGCAUCAUCGCAUGCCAGUGUGUCUAACCAGCGAGGAAGAAUGUCAGCUAUGGUUAAGUAAAGAUUUAUCAACAGAUGUGGCUGUUAAAACGUUGAAUGACAUGAUAUUACAAGAAACUGCUCUAAACUGGCAUCCAGUGUCUACGGUUGUCAAUAAUGGACUGAACAAAACUGUUGAUUGUAGAAAAAAGAUAAAACCAAAGGAGAUCGGUCAAGCAUCUUUCAUGACUUCUUGGCUACAAAAGGGAUCAGCCGCUUCAAAUAAAAGAAAAAGCAUAGAUGAUAAAGAUCCAAGCAACGAAGACGAGAAUACCUCAAAUUUGCAGAACAUACGUAGCGAGUGUGAAUCUUUUGAUUAUACAUGCAACGAAUCAAAAAAACCACAGAACAAAACCUUGAAUCGCUACAGAGAUGUGGCACCGUACGAUCACACUAGGAUUAUACUUAAAAGAGGUGUAUGUGAUUAUAUUCACGCCAAUCUUAUACGGGUGGAUCACGCUGAAAGGCAAUAUAUCUUGACGCAAGGACCCUUGCCAAAUACCGUCAGUCACUUUUGGCUAAUGGUAUGGGAGCAAAAUAGUAGAGCCGUAUUGAUGUUAAACAAGGUAAUCGAGAAGAACCAAAUCAAAUGUCAUCAAUAUUUCCCAUUGGACGAUGUAAAACCCACUAUGACGUUCGAAGAUGUCAGUAUAAAAGUGGAUUAUAUCAGCAAGAAAGAAUCGUCGGAUUAUACUACUAGAACAUUACGUAUAACGGACUUGGAAAGUAACGACAGUAGGGAAAUCUUACAUUUUCAUUAUACCACUUGGCCAGACUUUGGAGUACCGCAACGUCCAACAGCCUUUUUACGUUUCUUGGCAGAUGUCAGGAAAUCAGGAGCAUUAGAUCAAAAUGUUGGCCCACCCGUUGUUCAUUGUUCUGCAGGAAUAGGAAGAUCGGGAACAUUUUGCUUGGUUGAUGCAUGCUUAGUACUGAUUGAAAAAUGUGGUUUAAACGCCUUGGAUGUGCGGCAUGAAUUGUUGGCAAUGAGACGGUCUCGUAUGGGCUUGAUACAAACACCCGAACAACUUUGUUUUUCAUAUGCUGCCAUCAUUCAGGGAGCAAAACAAUUGCCAUUCGAUAACAUGGAUCUUAACAACGAAAUAACUCAUGAUGAAAUAAUAACGACUUAUGACGAGAUGAAUAAUAAAAGUAACCAUCCAUUAGAAAAAGACGACGAACCUCCUCCUCUACCACCUCCAAGAGGAGAAUCUUUAACGCGUAGUAUGAUGGCAGAUCUAAGCUCGGAUGGUUCGACUGAUAACGAUGAAGCAGGUGGACCACCUGAUAAACCGCUACCAAGUGAACCACCAAAUCAUGUAGAAUUAUCUGAUGCAAAUCUAUCUACAUCUGCUACAAAUUGUGUAGAUGAACAAAACUUAGACGAUGGCACGGUACUUGACGAAACUCUUUCCGACGACGCUGAGAACUCUAUUGUAACAAACAAUUCUCCGUCCAAUUUAGACGCGAAAGGGGAAGUACGUCGGCGCAAAACGGAAAAGAAAGAACGACUAGCGACACAAGUACGUGAGAUGAAACGCCGGCAGAAGGAGAUGGAAGAAAGGCAGAAAUUCAAGAGGUCAUUAUUUUACCCCCUUAAAAUAAGCUUAGGCAUUGGGAUUGGUGGGGGUAUCAUAGCGAUCUGUUACUAUAUGUACAUGCGUAGUUAGAUCUAUCGUAUCAUAUUUAAGGAUGUCGUACGUACGUAUAUAUCACCUUUCGAACUAUCAGUAACAUUUCGAUGACUCGCAUAAACGAAGAAAGUUAUUCUUAAUACGCGAUUCUAUUGCGAAGUUUUAAUGACCUAAUUUUGGUUGAAACAUCUUCGAGAGAGUAACUAAAUAAAAGAUUUUCGUAUCAUACGAUCGACAGUAGAAUCACAUCGCCAGCAAUACCGCAAACGAUACUGGCUCCAUUUAUUGAAAAAAUGAGCAAAAGGAAAAAGAAAUAGAGAAAAAUAGAAGAAAAAACAAUGCUAAGAAGUGCAAGAUAGUACAAUUUUGAAUUGCACUAUUGCAUAUUCGAGUAGUAAGAACAAGAAUGGAAACGGAUGAAGCAGAAAAGGAGAUGAACUUUCGAUUUGUAUUUUUAUAUUGUGAUUUAUUUUAUGAGUAUCUAGAAUGUUAGAAUAUGUAUAUGUUUUUUUCACAAUUCUUUCAUUACAUUUGCUGCAAGAAACGAAUAGCUUAUUACGCAUACGCGUUUAUGGAAGAAACGUUAUUAAUGAACAUAAGUUAAAUUUUACCACACAAUUCUUGUAGAUAAAAUAUAAACAUACCUGAAGAAUUGUGUUAACUAUCCAGGCAAAUUACUCUUGUAGGUAAAAUAUUUACUCAAGAACUAAUAUGCAAUGCUAUAUCACAAUAUAAUCAUAUAACUUUCUAAAUAUAUGAUUGUGUGGAUUUGCAUAAAUUUCGACUAUCUGAUCUUUUUAUUUAACGCUCAUAUAGUAAUAAACAUAAGCACAGAAUGAAAAUCACAGAUAUAUAAAACUGAAUUAAGUGAAAAGUCAAUCUAAUUGUUGAGUAGCUUUGCUGUUUCCCGCGAAUAGAUAUGUUUCUAUCUAGCUAAAUUUGAUUUAGUUUUUUUUCUUAUUAUUUACUUAAUAUGACGAUAAAUAAGCGAAAGAAAGAAGACAGAUUAUAUUUGUGGUUUUCGUUUAACCGUUUCUAAAUGAAUAAACUUGAUGUUAAUAUUUCACCAAAAUCUAGUUUCGAAUGAAGGAGCUAGGAUGAAAGACUUAUUUCCAAAUCAUCCUCACAAUUCAUCACUUUAAUUCAUGUUUUCAAAUAAUGUAAGUUUAUGUGUUACAUUGUGGAGAAGUUUAGAAUAUAGAGUUUAUAGGCACAUAAUCUUCAUUUUUUAAAUGAAAAUAUGGAUUCAAUGAUCUGGAAAUAAUCUAUUCAAUUUCUUUAGUAGCGUUAAAUGGAUAUAUUAGUGAUAGGUCUAGAAAGAAUUUGUUAAAUGAUUUUAUUGCAGUUUCAUAGAUAAAUCUUUUUAAUUGCUGAUUGGAGUAGAUUCUACUGUCCUGUAUCAAAAUCAUUUAUGAAAAUUUAGAUCAUGCGUAUAUUAUACAUUAACACUUCACAAAAAAGUUCAAAAAUGUUUCUCAUGAUAAUCUUUAAAUUUUUAAUUGUUUGGCUAUGAGUAAGAUAUACUUUUUUCUUAUUUGCAAUCUUUUUAUUUUUUUUUUGUUACAAGAGAAUGUUAUAUCUCAUGCAAAUCGCCAUCUGGGAUGAUUUAGUGCAAUUACUGAUAGUUGAAUAUACAAGAUAAUAUUUGAUCCAACUACUGAUAUAACUCAUAUAAAUUUGCUGUUGUUCACGCGAAUCCUAUUUGCACGAUGAUAGAUCGUAGAAUCAAUUAUUUUAAUCUGCAACAAGACAUUCCUGAUGUAUCAAUAAUAGCUUCGAAUUUCUUACGCUUACAAAAGGAAUUAUCUUAGAUGCGAUCAUGCAAAAAGAUUGAAUUUCCCAUGUCAGGAGAAUUUUUGCUGAUAAAUUAUUUUUAUUUUCUUUCUGUUAUUAAAUAAUUUGCAAAAAGGAUAUCACGAAUUUUUAGUUUGAUAUAGAAAUCGUUGGUAACAGUAAAAGAAAAGACACAGAAAUAUGCUAUAAACAGGCAAAGUGUGUUAUUUCCAAGAGUUAUUAGUAGAUUUCCGUGAUAUUUUCUCGCUUUGAAUCUUUAAAUCGAAUCCUAUUUAUGCAUUUAUCUCAAUAAUCUCAUUAAACUUCGAAAAUUUAGUAAUAAAGUUACGUUCAUUGUUAGAGAGAAGUUGGAAUGGGUUUAAAACGAAAUCUUAGAAAAUGUGAAUUCCAGCUCAUUGCCCAACAGCGUACGUUGCAAGCUGUGCAUUGAGCAUUGCGGAUAAAGACUGAGUACGUCUAAUGACUUCUAGGAGGGCAGAAGGUGGGGGAAAUAAACGAGCGGUGAAAUAACGAAAGUUAAGCCCGCGUAUUUCUUAAGUCGAGCUUUUAUAUAAGCCACUUUGAGAGAAAGACUUGUCAGAUCGUGUUCCAAUCCAAAGAUAAAAGCGUGAUGAGAAAAUGUGCGUCGCGACGUCUUCAAAAGGUGUGCGUCGCUAAAGCGUAUUUUUUACUUUUGUACGUUACUACACACCGUUGGAGCACGAUCUCCCAACGAGGUUUUCAGACACGUCGUACUUGCGCAUAUCGACGUGCUCGUCUUCGCGUGAUUAUGUACGUUAGAACGUUGCAAAAGAAAUUGAAUGGAGAACGGAAAGGGAGCGAGAGCAAUCUACGUGAAACACGAUGUCGAGGGGAUAUGCAGUAUUCUAUUGUCAACAACACGUUUUAACUUUACGCACUAAUAUACUAUUGUUAUCUAAUUUUUAUCGAGAUAUUAUUUAUGUAAAUGUAAAACCGCAGUCUGCGACGAUUCGAUUGAAAUAAGGAAACGACGCGAUUAAUCUCGUGACGAUCGUUAUCACGUCGUUAGCGAAGCGCACCAUGGCGUGGAGAUCUUUCAAUCGUUCCAUGCGUCUUGAAAUUGAAUCGAA